AUGCCUUGGGCCGAUAAGCUUUUCAUAGACGGGGAACUUCGCUUUGCUGCUCCAGACGGAUGCCAAGAGUGCUACCAGUGUGCCUAUGAUGCAUUCCCUUUCUGGACUUGGACAACCUUCUGCUGUUCAUAUGCUGACUCCGCUGUCACACAGAGGGCAUUUGGAGAUGCUUGGGCGAUUCAGCAUGAUGGCGCCAGUCAGAAUUUCAAGACGCGUGGUGGUGUGAGUUCUCAUGACAUGGUUGGGGUCACAGUGGAGAAAUCCUACGCCGCCAUCACAGAGUCUGAGUUUAUGGAAAUCUUCAGGCUCCCCUCUGAGAAGUUUGACGACUUCCUUGUGUCAGCCACCCUGAACGAUGAGUGGGGAAAGCAGCAGAAGUUCCUCAUCUUUGAGCUGCCCCUUCCAGGAGCCUCUUGCCCCAUCAACUUCCGGAUCGCAAAGUUCUUCAGCUCCCACGACCUCACCCACAGCCAUUUGUUGUUAGAGCCAGAGAAGAUGAUUCGUCGUGAGCAACCUGCAGAGCGCUACCAAGUCUUGUGCGAAGCAGAGAACAAGCAACGCAAGGAGAAUGGUGGAAUUGGGCCUCAGCCCCCUGCUGGAGGCGCCAAGAAGCCCAAGAAGUUGAUGUCUUGGCAGGAGAUUCAAUUGAAAGUUGAGAGUGUGAUCGCCAACCGAGAGCAAAAUGAAGCCGAGGCCCAUACAGAGGAAAGACCUUUGGGAAGCAAUGUGGCGGAGAACGACCCCGCAGCCCUUGUGCACAUCGACACCUUGGAGGAAACUCUGCGUGCGCCGGGGGCUGUGGAGCCCAAGAGAAAGGCGAAGGCGAAAGCAGCUUCAGGCAAAAGACAUGCCAAAGCAAAGGCGGCUCCUACUCAUACUAUACCUCCACCUCCCACACCUUUGGAGACAGAGAGCCACGGCGCUUCCCCAAGUGAAGCCGCCGAAGAUGAGCUGGCCGCUCAAAUUUGCAGCAAGAUUGGUGGAGAUGGCCGUGCAGUGCGCAACCUUGACAUCCAGAAGAUCCUUCAAGGAGAGCAAAUCGGCAGAACUUUGCAGGGAGCAUCUUGGUUUCAAUUGGGCUUGAGGCUUGCUCGCCGGAUCUUGGCCUCAUUGGAAGCCCAGUCUCAUGGCCGAGAAGCCUUGCUUCUGCAGAAGAGGUUGCGCUUGUGUGAGCAUGCCCAGCAUCUGUUCGAGAGAGCCCACAGCAUGCCUGGCAACGAGCUCCACAAGGUUCUCCAACCGUUGUACGAUGAUGGAGUUGACUUUCCUUUGCCUUUGCAAUGCAAGCUGGUUUCCAGACGUUGCCUAGAGUGUUUGCAGCAGAAAAACCACAAGGUUUUCUUGACCCAUUGGUGCGUUUGGCAAACGGCAGUGGACAAUCAAGGUGACUUCGACCCGUUGCGACCAAUGAUGGCUGCAAUCUUCAACCAGUUGUCUGAUGCCCAGGAGGCGUUUGGCAAGAAGGUUCAUGAGGAGGAGUUUGAGACAGAGGUGGCAAAGGAAACUGCUGAGGGCGGAUUGGUCACGAAUUGGAAGGCGUUGGGUGGUUGCGUCGUUCAAUCUGCCGUCAACGACUACUUCCUGUACUUGGUGAGCAGUGCCCCGAAGUUCAACGAUGAACUCAAAGAGCUGCUCAUUGUGGUGUUGACCGAAUGGAAGAAGUUGGAAGCAUCAGGUGAGAGCAAAUCGUUUGAAGGGCCGCUGUCCCUUUGCCUUGGCCAUGUUGUCCGAUGCUUUCGAGGGCUCCUGGCUCUUUUGAGUUCUGAUGUGGGCAUCCUUGGCUCCCAAGGCUCAGAUGUUGAAGCCGUUUCGAAGAUGAAAAGGGCUCGCACUGUCAAAAGUGGGGUGGCUGGCAACAUGCACAGCUGCGAGGCCGAGAUCUGCCAGCUCAUCAGUGCAAACGAGUGGUGGGGGAAGGCUGUGGACAGCUACUGGAAGUAUGCCCCGAUGGCCUUGGCUUUGAAGCCAAAGCUCGAGUUGGCCAAGCAGGAAGCUUCUGCAGAAGAGCAUCCUGAGCUGACUACAGAGUGGCUGGAGCAAGCUGUGGAGACCCUUGCAGAAUUCCGAAAGGGUUUGCCGCUGCGUGAUGCUUACAUGGAGUAUGGGAAGUACCUCCAGGCAAGAUUCGGAGAAGCUCACAGACUUGUUCUGAACGCCAAGGACGGGAAAGAAGUUGGAGAUCUUGGUCUUGGCAACUCCUUCAGCACCCUGGUGAAAGGAUUGGAUCUGUUCCAGACCGCAGCCAGCAAGGAGAUGAAGGAAAGCCUUCAAGAGUGGUUCACUGAAAAGAAGUCUGAGAUGUUGCAGCAGGAUUUGCUCCAAAUCUUGGCAGAGGGAUUGCCUUCCGGAGCCUUGGACAUUGUUGCUUUUGCCGAGAAGAUCAACCAGCUGAAGGGAGUCCAGCUCCACGACGAGUUGAGCAAAGAACUCGCUGCUGCAGUGCCGUUGCUGUUCGACGACUUGGUGAGCAAAGUUCAGCAUGACCAUUCCGCAGACAAAGCGCACUGGGACUUGUUUGCCUCAGUCCUUGUCUAUGUGCCGCAGGCUGAGGUCAAGAUCUUGAAGGUGGAGUGCGAGUGUGGCCAUUUGGCUUCAGCCGCUCUUGGUGAGAAAGACGCUGUGUUGAAUGGAAUGGAGGACAGUGAGCAGAAGAAGCAAAAGAAACUUGUCUCCAUGAUCGCUGCCGUGAACCGUUACCUGUCUUGCUGCGACAAGCUGGAUGAAAUUGGCCAUUUCGACCGCACCACUUCAACCUUUCGGCAGUUGCGUGGUGAGUUGUCCCCUGACAAUGACGGGAUCCAGAGUGCAAUCACAGGCGUCAUGGCUUUGCAUACCAGGACCCUGCAGGCUGGCUUGGCUGAGCUCGAGACUUUGAUGGAGCCAGGCAAGGAUUGGAAAGCACGCCUGGCCCCAGAUGCAUCCUUGGAAGACACCAUCUCGGCUGCUGAGACAACGCUCAUGAGUGUCAAAGGCAAGAAGUUGUCCAACACCAUCACCGCCGUGCAGAAGGCUUGGGAAGGGGCCAUCUUCGGGCCGUUGCUGCGACAUGCACUACACUACACUGUAGUAGAUGCACAGGACAAUGAUGAUGCGAAAGCUUUCCUUGACAUCUUCCAGGGCACCCCGUUCAAGGACACUACAGGUAUUCGCGAGUUGGCUGAUCUGUGCCAGAGGGUUGGGCAACUUAUCGCUGAUGGCUUGCUGGCAAAGGUGGAAGCGCUUUUGGUGCAAUCCGCCAAAAGCAAGGUGCGCAAAACCCAAAAGGAGCUGGCGACCUUUGCCAACCAAGAGCAGACAGGUCAUGAGUUGGAUGAAAGCUUGAUCCAGAGUUCGCUGCGUGAAUUCUCUCGUGGCUUGUUGGACUAG